CACUGCCCUGGCAGCUGGGAGGCGGCGCGGAGAUACCGCGCUUGCGGUGGGGCGCGGUGCGGGCAGCCCCCGGGCCGAGGCGAGCCACCGAGCCGAGUCCCCGCGCCAUGCCGGCCGCCGCGCCUCCUCCGCUGCACCCCGCCGCCGGCUCCUGCUGCCCCUACGGCCACUGCGCGGGACGCCGGGCCUUGUUUGACCAUUCGUCACACAACGCAAGCUCAAAAGUAAAAGAGAGGAAGCUCCAAGGGACUUGUCCUCCUCUUGGUCGUGGAAGCUAUGGAAAAGCAUGUUUGCAUGAAAGCAGUCAGAGGUCCCCACUUUUUAAUCCCCGUAAUGGUUUUCACACGAUACAUUCAGAGCACAGUCCUGUGAAGCCAAGGAUUAUUACAGUGGUGAAACCUGGUGGGCACACACUCAGAAGGAUAACCUUGCUUCUCAACAGGAGAUCUGUCCAGACCUUUGAACAGCUGAUGGCUGACAUUUCAGAAGCUCUGGGAUUUCCACGCUGGAAGAAUGACCGUGUGAGAAAGCUUUACAAUCUGAGAGGCAGAGAAAUCCAAAGUGUUUCUGACUUCUUCAGGGAAGGUGAUGCAUUCAUAGCGAUGGGGAGAGAGCCCCUCACUUUGAAGGACCUGGAAGUGGUGUUACAAGAACUUUAUCCUGAAAAUCCAUACGCUGCCAGUGCUGCCAUUCAGCAGAAUGAGGAGCAGUCCCAAAAGCUGAUGAGCAGGCUGUACGACAAGGCUUCCAAAGUGGACAGUGGCUUUGAUGAAACAGAAAUUGCCAAGAACUGCAGCAACGGCAUGUCUCCCAAACUGGUAGGACAUAAAGGAAAAAGUCAAGCCAAGACAAAGCAAGAGGAGAAAAUGAGAACAAAAAAAAAGUGGAGUAGAGAGAGCUGGGAUGGAGAGCAAGGAGUGAAGCCUUCUAGGAAGAUCCGAGAAAGCGAGAGGUACUUCAGCCGUGAGAGGAGUCCCGAGGACGGGUUAGAAGAGAGUUCGGAGGAGGUGGUGAGAUGCGAGAAGUGUGAACAGGAAAGGCAGGCCAGACAGAAGUUAGAAAGGGAAAGGCGGGCUGAGGCCUCAUUGGAGAACAGAGACCUGACCACAGGUGCAUGUCAGAGGUACCACAUAGAAAGAAAUGCAAAAAUUAGGAAUUGCCGAAAAUCUUCAGAAACUUGUCUGGAAGGUGAGGAAGUUGGUUGGAAAGAUAACAGCUGUAGGAGGGCAUGGAAGCCCCUGCUUAGGAAUGUUAAUGAAGGGCUGGAGAAGCAAAAAAGGAGCAUUGAGAAGGAAAGGGAUGUGGAGAAACAUGAAAGCCAUGGGAAGGAAGUAGUGAAAAUCAAGAAGAAUGCUGUAGAAGGGCUGCAGCUAACUCGGGAAGCGAAGGAAGAGAACGGAAGUAGCUGCAUGAUGAACCAAAGUGGUUGGCUAAAGAAAGACACUACAAGGGAUGCUGAGAAACCAUCUAAAACACAUAGGGAGGGCAGAGAGGGACAAAGGGCUAAAGAGGAGGGUGCCAGAAGAGAGGGGAAUAUCAUAUGUAGAGAGAGUGACAUGACGCGACGAGAGAAAACAGGGGAGCGCAGAGUGAAUAAAGAAGAAAGCAAGGCUCAGGGAUUGGAAAGCACAAGCCGAAGGCAUGCCAUUAAAAACAGAACUGAUGUGGAAAAGCACUACGAGAUUGGCAGAACUAUUGGGGAUGGAAACUUUGCAGUGGUGAAGGAAUGUCGCCACUGUGACUCCAAUCAGAUUUAUGCUAUGAAAAUUGUUGAUAAAUCCAAGUUGAAGGGGAAAGAGGACAUGAUGGAGAGUGAAAUUCUGAUCAUCAGGAGUCUCUCUCAUCCCAAUAUAGUAAGCUUAAUUGAAGUGUAUGAGACAGAAGCUGAGAUCUACCUAAUCCUAGAGUAUGUCCCAGGAGGGGACUUAUUUGAUGCCAUCAUAGAAAGUGUGAAAUUCACAGAGCACGAUGCUGCUGUCAUGAUCACUGACCUCUGUGAAGCGCUGGUUUAUAUUCACAGCAAGAACAUUGUCCACAGGGACCUCAAACCGGAGAAUCUUUUGGUUCAGCAUAAUGCAGACAAAUCUACUACACUGAAACUAGCAGAUUUUGGCCUUGCAAAGCAGGUGACAAAACCCAUAUUUACUGUGUGUGGAACACCAACAUAUGUUGCCCCUGAAAUCCUUGCUGAGAAGGGCUAUGGGCUCGAAGUAGAUAUGUGGGCAGCUGGUGUGAUUCUUUACAUUCUGCUCUGCGGUUUUCCCCCUUUUCGCAGUCAGGACCGUGAUCAAGACGAGCUGUUUCAGAUCAUACAGCUAGGUCACUAUGAGUUCCUUUCCCCAUACUGGGACAAUAUUUCUGCAGCAGCAAAAGACCUCAUAACCAGGCUGUUGAUAGUGGAUCCCCAGAAGCGCUACACAGCACGACAAGUGCUUCAGCACCCUUGGAUCAGAACAGCUGGAAAAACCAACAGCAGGAAUUUGCAGAAGGAAGUGACAAUAAAUAUCGAGCGUCAUUUCCGGGCCCAGCGCCGGAGGGAAGUUGCUGAUGAGGACACAUGAAAUCUCUUCAAGCUUCUUUAGUCUUCUUUUUAUGAUUAAGCAAUUAUUUGUGUUUUCUUUUCUAUAUGAAUUGGGCCUUCAGUGUAUAGCUACUGCUGGCUAUCACCAUGCCUUUGGGUUUUGUGAUUCUGAGAUUCUGAAGAAGGACAGAGAUCAAAUUUGCAUCCACCUCCCUCUCGUGUUAUUUGUGAGUCUCUCUGUUGGCAGCAGUGGAGACCGGAUGUUUCCUGGAGGGUAUCUAAUAGUUUUCUUUACUGAUUUGGACUUUUACAUUACAAAAUGUAUUAUCCGUUGUAGAAGACAAAGGUUUGCUUCUGAGGCUGACACUAGUGAUGACUCUUCUCUUGUCUCUUUUUGUAUGGUAUCUUCCAGGAGUUUUAUGUUUGUAAUGUUUUGUGUUUAUAAUGUUUUCAAAAUAGCUGUCUGCAUACACAUCCUGCACUAAUUCUCUAAUCUGUCUUUUCACCAAUUCCUACUAGCAAUGGAGAAGGUGAAGGAAUAAAGAAAAAAAAGUACAUAUAUUCUUUAGCUGUAGGAUAUGUUAAAUAAGCAGCAAGAUAUUAUUUAUUAAGUUGUGAGGGAAUAAAAAUCCUUCUAGAUUAAAUCACAUGUUUUAGUGAUAUACUCCUUGCAACAUCUUUAACUGGGUGUUCUUGGGACAGGUUAAUAGAUGGUACAAUGUUUCUGUUAAACGAUGGUGGUGCUGUGUAAUGUGGUAGUUCAUUUGUUCAGGAGAAGAACUGGGAAGAUCUCCUGACUGAUACCUUCUCAUGACUGUAAUAAUAACUUUCAAAGAGCUUUUCUUCCUGUUCUAGGAAGUCAGAAGUUGAGCAACUCUAAGGCAGCUUUGGUUCUUUUCCCAAAGAUGUAUUUAUGGAACGAUAACCCAAGCUUUUUCUCAUGCUGAUUGAUUUUUUUUUUCUUAGUAGCCAUCCUCAUACAUCUGUGAUUCUUCCAUGCUGAUGGAGAAGAGAAAGCUGGGAAGCUGUUUUUGUGACUUAAAUUAACCCUUACCUUCAUGGUUCCCCUUUCACCAACACGCUUCACAGCUGAAUUGCUUUUACAUGCUUUUUCAGUGUAGGUUAGCAUUUGUUUGGGUUUUUAUCUCAUUGCCUUCCCUGGGGACUCCUUCUCCUUACUUCCAUGAGAAUGGGCAAUGGAAUGAAAUUACAUUAAAAUGCAACUUGGGGAAAAACAACAACUUGUUGGCUAUGGGAAGAGCUCCCAGGGGAAGUGUCAGAUGCUUUACUGCAUGUGUUUUUAUAAUGUGAUUAGGUGCAGUUUUAAAGAAAUCCUGUGGGGGAAAAAUCCCAGUCCUGAGAAGGUCCAUGACCUGGAGCAGCUUUUGAAUCUCAGAAUUUUUGGUUAACUAAUCAAAUCCAAAAAGCACUUGAGUUGUCCAUUUUGUAUUGCUUUGUCCAUGAGUUCCAUGUGCUGGCAAAUAAUAUUGAUGUUAAAAUAUCAGUGAUAUAAGCAUUGAAUUCAUAGCUUGUAGAAAUAAAUGAGGGUAUUUUCUAUUUGCAGAGCUGCUGCUCUGCCUAGGUAUUUCACAAUGAGAAUGUCAGAAGCAUUUUGGAAUCAGUAGAACAUUUUCAUAACUGUAUGAACCAGAAUAUUAUUUUUGGUGAGUGCUAAUAAUUCGUGUGAACUUUCUGAAUUACCCCGAACUGUGGGAUACUGUCAACAUGUUUCUGUUUCAAUUUGUGACUGUUUUGCUGCAAGAAUGAUGUAUGAAAGUAGAGACAACUUGGCUCUUAAACAAGAAUUGCACUUCCAGUUGAACUGUCUUAUUUUUAAUACAUACUGGACUAAGACUUGCUGUGGGAGUUCAAGAAUUUGUGAAACAAACCAGUCAAAUCUCUGCUCUAUGCCCAAGUAGUAUCUGUAUGAUAUGUCAUACCUCUGCUUUGGAGGCCCUGAGUGAGGAAUAUUUUCCCUUUUCCUGAAAACAAGAAUGGAUUUAAGUGCUUUCCUGAGUUAAGGCUAUGUGCAACCUAAUAUUCUAAGAGCAUCAUCUGGUCUAUGAGUACUAGUAAUAACUUCUCUGUUAAGUAUAUUUUGGGUAGGAAACUGUGGGAAAAUAGCCUCUGACUUGCAACAUUAUAUUUUGUAAUUAUCUUAUUUUUAAUAUAUUAAUUUAGGAAUAAAGUUUGAAGUGACAAGAAUAUUUUAUCAGCCACGAAUCUGACAGUUUUGCGAUUGAGUUGCCUUUUUCCCUUUAAGAACUGUCUACAGCCUUAUAGUGCAGAAGGCAGAGAAUUUGCUUGUAAUGGAUAUAAAAGUAAUUAUUUUUUCAAAGGUUUUGUUUUUCUCUCAAGUUCUCUGGGUCCCAGACAGAGGGAACAUGGACUGUGCUGUGUACUGUCACUGCAUUGCAUCUGUAAGUACAGACACUGCUCUGGCAGCACUGAGGAACUUCUAUGUUGGUGUUACUAAUAGACGUGUGGCUUUAGGCCCUCUUUCUUCAGGUUGGAGGCUGAAAAAGCUUCCAGGUGCUUCUCAGGGUUUUUCCUCUUUCUUUUUCUUUCUUACUUAGAUAUUCCUUCUUUUCUCUCAUUGCUUCCAGCGUUCUUGCUCUGCCUUUGUGUUGCCCUAAGGAGUUCACGUCCCCGAGUUCACGUCCCCAGUCAUUAUGGUUGAAGUUGCUUGAAGUUAUAGGAAUUUUGUCCUUCCACAUAUCUUUAGUCCCCUAAUAUUUAAAAUUGGGUGCCCAAGAGACUUGUGAUUGAAACUUGGCAGUACAGCAGAGACUUGGUUUCCUCUGAGACACAGACGCUUUAAUUCUUUUAUUCAGGGACUCCUUCAUUGAAGAUUGUUUAGCUCCUCUGUGGAAUAGCUUAAUUCAAACCCCAUUAAAUCUGCCAUCUCUGUUCUGACUGACAUUAUAGGUGGGUUUGCCAUAUCUCUAUUACAGCAAUCUUUGGCUGUAGGGUGAAAGAGGGUUAGUGGGAUGUUGUCCUCUGAGCUUGGGCCUUUUGGGUUAUGGUCCUACCAUGCCAGUAGUAGCAGCAAGAAAUUUCUGGAGCUGACUGCUUGCUUCUGUGUGAGUAUCCAGAUUUGGGGCAGUAUUCAGCCUGCCUGAGAAUAUAGUAAAUUUGCUGUGCUUCUAAACUGAUCUUCCCAAAGACAAGUAAGUAUCAGUCUGAAAUCUUUCUCCUAUCAUUUCUUCUGUUGCCUAGAUUUCUCUUAAUUGAAGCAACGUGUGGAAAAUGCUUUUUAUGUUGCUGGGCAUGCAUUUUUCUGUCCUCGCUGAGCCCACCAGCACUCUUCUUUACUGUUGACAUUCUUGCUCCUGAAAGGAAUAUGGGCACUUUAACUGGACUGACAGUGUGUAUUGGCACUACUUGUUCUGCAGUAAGGUUUAUUUGCAACUAGGCUGAAGGUGUCCUGUUCUAAAUCAGAAAACAUGAUAGACUUCAGCAGGAAAGUGUUUGUUUUGUCUGUUGCCCCAGUAGAGGCAAACUCUAUAGUGGAUGUUAUAUUUCAAUGUUCUUUCCAAUAAACUGGGAAAUGAUUGUGUGGCCAAGUAUUUGGAGAUUUUCAUUUUUCCUGGCAAUUUAACUGUUUGGGAAAUGGUUGUUUUAGAAGGUUUGCAAUUUCAUGAAGUGGUGUGUGUACCUUCAUUUUCAUGUGGACCUGUCCUAAUGCAGCAGUCCUUUGAAUACUUACAGAUGUGUUUUUCUUUGCUGCUGUGUAUGAUCCUAUUAAAAACAGCACUAUGCAAGGCCAGA